UCGGGAGCCUGGACGUGCCGCGGCCCAACAGCAGAGUGGAGAUCGUGGCUGCCAUGCGUCGGAUCCGGUACGAGUUUAAGGCCAAGAACAUCAAGAAGAAGAAAGUGAGCGUCAUGGUCUCAGUGGACGGUGUGAAGGUGAUUCUGAAGAAGAAGAAGAAGCUUCUCUUGUUGCAGAAGAAAGAGUGGACGUGGGACGAGAGCAAAGUGCUGCUGAUGCAGGACCCCAUCUACAGGAUCUUCUAUGUGUCUCACGACUCCCAGGACUUGAAGAUCUUCAGCUACAUCGCUCGAGAUGGCGCCAGCAACGUCUUCCGGUGCAAUGUCUUCAAGUCCAAGAAGAAGAGCCAAGCCAUGCGGAUUGUGCGCACAGUAGGACAGGCCUUCGAGGUGUGCCACAAGCUGAGCCUGCAGCACACACAGCAGAGCGCGGACGGCCAGGAGGACGGGGACAGUGAGAAGAAGAGCAACAGCUCCGGAGACCCAGGCCGCCAGCUCACUGGAGCCGAGAGGGCCUGCACGGUCGCCGCGGAGGAGACCGACAUCGACGCCGUGGAGGUCCCGCUUCCGGGGGGUGACAGCCUGGAAUUCAGCCGAGGUGUCACCGACCUCGAUGCCGUGGGGAAGGAUGGCGGCUCCCACACAGAAUCCAAGGUGCCGCCCCACCCCCCGGAUCCCAUGCUGACCAGCGCGUCGGGGACGCUGCUGCCACCACCACCGUUGUCCUCGCAGGCCCUGGGCGUGGGGACGGGGACGCCGCUGUCCUCCCAGCACCAGGUGCAGCUCCUGCAGCAGCUCCUCCAGCAGCAGACGCAGCAGACGCAAGUGGCUGUGGCCCAGCCUGGCCCCGCGCCCACUUCCCGUGGAGGAGGCGCUGGAGUCCAGGUGCACCUGCUGAAGGACCAGUUGGCGGCCGAGGCGGCGGCCCGGCUGGAGGCGCAGGCCCGCGUGCACCAGCUCCUGCUGCAGAACCGGGACGCGCUGCAACACAUCGCCCUGCUGGUCAGACAGGUGCAGGAGCUGGAGCUGAAGCUGUCAGGACAGAACGCCAUGGGCUCCCAGGACAGCCUGCUGGAGAUCACCUUCCGCUCCGGAGCCCUGCCCGUGCUCUGCGACCCCACGACGCCCAAGCCGGAGGACCGGCCCUCGCCGCCCCCGGGCCGCCCCGCGGGCAGCCCGCUAGUCGAUUACAGCAUGUUUGAGAAUUUGAACACGGCCCUCACGCCAAGGCUGCAGUCCAGCCGCUCCGUGCCCCACUUGUGCAGGCCGGUGGACGCCCUGGGGUCUGUGGAGUCCGGCGGGCCCGGCCUCUGGGUGGGCAGCAGCCAGCACCUCAAGAACCUGGGCAGAGCCGUGGGGGCCAAAGUUAACGACUUCCUGCGGAGGAGGGAGCCCUGGAGCCUGGGCAGUGUGGGUGCCAUGGCGGUCAACAGGACUGCAGAGGCCCAGCUGGCCGACGGGGCCGACGCGGAGGAUGAGAGGUUGGCCCUUAGAGAAGCGUUCCCCCGACUGGACCCUCCGCCUCCUGUAACCCGGAAGCGAACCCCUCGGGCCCUGAAGACCACCCAGGACAUGCUUAUUUCUCCCCAGCCCGUCCUGAGCAGCCUGGAGUGUGGGACGGAGCCACCCCCUGCACAGCCUUGUGGGACGGAGCCACCCCCUGCACAGCCUGUCCCGGCAGAUGCUUCACAGCUCGAGGCCGCCGUGGGAAUGGCGGACGGGGGCGAGGCCCUGCCCAAUGGCGCGCCGUGCCUGUCUGUCCCUGACCUAAUCCACCAGGACGGCCUGGAUGAGCCGCGGCUGCAGACCACGGAGGGCGGGACGGCCUCCCCCCCACGCCCCAUCGCCACAAACAGCCGCAAAGCCAGCCUGGCCGAGACGCCGGAGAACAGCAGCCCCCGUCCGCGGGCGCGGACCCCCAGCCUGGACAAUGAGGGCCCACACCCCGACCUGCUGUCCUUUGAGUAGAGCCCCCGCACCCCCUCCUCCACUCCCGGCCCGGCCCUGUGCCCACCUCAUGUUCCCCCGAAGUCCCCGCGGUCCUGGCUGGGGGGCCUGAGCCGAGGGUCAAAGGGCGGGGCCAUCGCGACCUCGUCUCCCAUGAGCCCAGGCUGGACGGCAGCUCCCGGCUCUGCUGAGGCUCUGCGGGGUCCCCCCACCGCCCCACAUCUGCCCCUGCUCCUGCCUCAGGAAUGACGGGGACGAGGCCUGAGGGGCCCAGACCUUGAAAGCUGCACGUGACCGCUGCCCAACGGGGCUGCUCCGGUCCCGGGACAGCACGGGCCCCUGGCUGGCACCUUGCCUUUGUCCCUGUGGGUGUGCUCAGCAAGCCUGGGACCCUGAGGCAGCCUUGUCACCCAGGUCCUCGGGGUGUCCCCAACUUGCCAGAUGCAGGGGACAGUGAGCUCUCCCUGGGCCUGCCCAGCGCUGCCCGUCUGGGAGGGGCUCUCAGGGAAGCCAUGACCAGCUCCCUGUUUUCUGGUCUUGUUUGGGAAGCACCCAGGAGCGGGGCGCUCAGGGCUCUGGUCCCCAGAGAGCACAGAGCAGACGGGAGGGCAGUGGCAGCGUGGUGAGGGCACAGCUGGCACUGGGGACCGUGGUGGCUUUCGGGGCGGCCUGAAGUGAUGGCUCUGGGGUCCCAGCCUGGGGCGUGGAGAGCAGGGUGCAGACUGAGGGACCAGGGGGCGAACGACUUGUAAAUUAGGCGCAGCUGUCUGCUGGCACCCAGCCCUGGGCCUCCCUCAGUCCUCUGCCUCCUCCAGGGUCCCCUCUGCUGCUGCCGACAGGGCUCAUGUCACCCUAGCUGGGCCCUGCCCUCCUGGGGUAACCACUGUGUGUUCCUGUCUCCACCAGGGGUCCUGUCCUGCUGCCUUCCCGUGGCCGGGAGGCCCUGUCAGGGGGUGAUCCCUGCGCUGGGGGCCUUUGCAGCCCGAAGACAGCGUCCCUUCCCUUGAGUGGUGGCCGGUUCCCUGGGAGAAGGCUGCAGCGGCCCAUCCAGCCAGGCCCUGUGGGCCUCCAAGACCUCUGCGCCCCCUUCUCUGCUCGCUGUCGAGCUCCCCGCUGCCUGUUGUCACCACCGGCGCCUGCCCCUGCUCACCUCCUCUGCCACCAACCUGGGGCCCUGCCUGCGUUCUCGCCUGUCCCCUGUCCUGUCUCCUGUCGUCCCCAAGCACGGCUUCUCCCCGAGCUCACGGCAAGGCUCGUCUGCCUUUCUCCCUGAGGGUCCGUGCGCGCUGGGACGUGAGCAGACCUGCUUUACUGCAGCGAUGUCACCGGGAUGCGACAUCUGGCCCUGAUGCAGGUGCUCUCAGGACUCGCUUCGGGGCCUGUGAGUUUUCCCAGAAUGCCUUGGGUUUUGCACAGAACACAGAGCUGGGGGCAGAGAACCUAAGUGCACGUGUGAGGAGCAAGCCCGGCUUCCUCGGGACCCCACACCAGGAGCUCGUGCGCUUCUCUGGUGGGGAACUCGGCUCCUCCCAGAGACCAGGGUGGCUCUGGCCAGGUGAGGUCGUCAUGGGACAGAGGUUGCAGGCGCAGGCUGGCCUGAGCACCCUGCUCUCCACACCCUGGCCCACACAGUCCGCACCGACACAGGGGUCCUAGCGUGGUGAGCCCGUUUCUCAGGCUCGUGUUUGCUAUCCAGUGGGGGCUGUGGGGCCUGCUCCAGCACGAGUGGCCCAGCUCACCGUCAUGCAGCAAGGCGGUGCUGCCGCCUGGCGGGGGAGGGUGCCUGAAACCUGCUCCUAGAUGCAGAUUGCGCCCGUGCCAGGGCUGAGUGUCACCAGGUGGCAGGACAAGGAGUUUGAUUCUG